GCGGUUGUAAAAUCGAAAUCAGUUUCCAAUCUGAAAAAAAAAAAACAAAACUUCUAGGGUUUGCGAUUUGGAUUCUUAAUUUCUCUCCCAUCCUCGAUUAAGCAUAAAACAUGCCGCAAAGACACUCGAAGAACAACAACGAUCUCGCGUACUUCACGUACGACGAGAAGAAGAAGUUAGGGUAUGGAACCCAGAGGGAGAGAUUGGGGAAAGACUCGAUCAAGCCCUUCGAUGCUUGUUCCCUCUGCUUGAAACCCUUCAUCGAUCCCAUGUGUUGCCACAAGGGUCAUGUCUUCUGCAGAGAGUGUAUCCUCGAAUGCUUCCUCGCGCAGAAGAAAGACAUCCAGAGGAGGCUUGCUGCCCAUGCUUCUCAAAAGAAUCAAGAUAAGGACGAAGAAGAAGAGAGGCUAAUGUUACAAAAGGCUAGAGAGCUCGACGAGUUUGAUCAGCAAAACCAUGGUGCUUUGCCUCGAUACAGUGACAAGAGCCAAAGCCAGGACAAGAAUGGUUUUCAUGGGGCGAACAGUGUGAAGGCGACUUCUUUUGAAGAGGAAGCUCUUAGGACAAUGAAAGCCUUCUGGCUUCCAUCGGCUACACCAGGAGCUUCGGUUAGAGUUGAAGCUCCGGAAACUCAUACGGUCUGUCCAGAGGGCAAAGAGAAGCUCAAGCUUAAAAACCUCUUUGCUAUCCGUUUCACGGAAGAUAACAGCGAAGAGGAAGAGGAGAAGGCGAAAUCGUCAUCAACAAGCUCUUAUGACAAAACCUACAUUUGCCCGAGCUGCAAAGUCACUCUGACUAACACCAUGUCUCUUGUGGCACUUAGCUCAUGCGGACAUGUUUUCUGCAAGAAGUGUGGUGAAAAGUUUAUGCCCGUGGACAAAGUCUGUCUUGUGUGUGACAAACCUUGCAAGGACAGGAACUUGGUUGGGUUGAAGAAAGGAGGCACUGGUUUUGCUGAGCACGACGAUCAUCUUGAGGCUAAAGAGUACAAGCAUUUGGGUAGUGGCUCUGGUUUAGGGAUGGUGCGGAUGGGUAAGACAUGAUGAUUGUGGACAGCGCAUCAGAUGUUUGUGUUAAAAUUGUAUACAACUAAGAGACUGUUUUCUCUAUUUGGCUUUUGGUUCUUGUUCUUUUCAUCCGAUCUUAUUUGCACUUCUACUACCCCAAUACCAUGAGUCUUUCAAAGAAGUUUCCAUGAA